AUGUCUCGCGCGGGGUUAUGGUUCAAGGUCAUUGCAGGAGGAAUCCUGAUCUCAAUUGGAGGCCCAGCCUUUGUCGAAUACAUCCGACCAACUGACGAGGAACUGCGCAAGCGGUAUAAUCCGGAUCUCCAGAAGCGCGCAGCCGAGCAGGGCAGUCGGCGCGAGCAGGAGUUUGACGACUAUGUGAUGAAACUGAAAGAGUGGUCCAAGUCGGAUAAGUCGAUUUGGUACGCUGCGCAGGAAGAACAGGAUCGGAGACGGGCGACUGAAGAAGCGCAGCGCUCGCAGGUGAAGGAUCAGGCUAGGGCACAACGUGAGGAAAUGCGCAAGGAGAUGCAGGGAGAGAAAUAG